AGAGGAAGAUAAGUCUCCCUUUCCCAUUUGCGCUAUGGUGCAGCAAAAGAUUGUUCUCAAGCUUCUGGCCAUGAAUGAUGAGAAGACAAAGCAGAAAGCCAUAGAGGCUGUGGCUGAUAUCUAUGGGAUCGACUCCAUAGCUGCUGAUCUUAAGGAGCAGAAACUGACAGUCAUAGGUGAAAUGGACACAAUAGCAAUCGCAAAGAAGCUGAAGAAAAUAGGGAAGAUUGAUAUCGUAUCCGUUGGACCAGCUAAAGAGGAGAAGAAAGAAGAAAAGAAAGAGGAGAAGAAGGAAGAAAAGAAGGAAGAGAAGCAAGAAAAGAAAGAAGAGAAGAAAUAAUUUUCAUCAGCAUAUAAAAGCCAAUUAGUAAAUGCUCUGCUACGAGUGGGAAGAAUAAUCUUAUAAAAACUUGAUAACUUCGUAUAUGUAUUUAAAAUUAUUAAGGAAUUUGAUCAAAUAUCUUGCAUCAUA